AUGGUCUCCGCGAAGAAGCACAUCCCCAUCGUCAAGAAGCGCACCAACCGCUUCAACCGCCACCAGUCGGACCGCUUCAAGUGUGUCGCUCCCUCGUGGCGCAAGCCCAAGGGUAUUGACAAUGCCGUCCGCCGUCGCUUCAAGGGCCAGAUUGCCAUGCCCUCUAUCGGCUAUGGCUCCAACAAGAAGACCCGCCACAUGAUGCCCUCCGGCCACAAGGCUUUCCUCGUCCACAACCCCAAGGAUGUUGAGCUCCUCCUCAUGCACAACCGCACCUACGCUGCUGAGAUCGCCCACGCUGUCUCUUCCCGCAAGCGUGUCGACAUCAUCGCUAAGGCCAAGGCUCUCGGUGUCAAGGUCACCAACGCUAAGGGCCGUGUCACCACUGAGGCCUAA